CUGGCUUUUUCGGUAUUUACAUGCCAUUGUAAAGUCCAGAAGUGUUUAAUUUAAAAAAACAAAGUAAACAUUACUUAACUAUACUGUUAUCGGUAAAUCUAAGUUUUCGUGCAGUGGUUCAGUUCAGUGCCACUGCAUGUUUCCUGUGUGUGCUUUAUACAUACAUGUUGUUCUUCAUCUUUAGAAUCAGUCACCGAAGAGCCGUCCUGCCACCAAGUCUUACCUUGGUAAAACCAGGAUAUCGUGAAAAAACGUUUACGAAAUAGUGCACGUGCAGAGAGGAUGGCCUUUGUCACGUGCACGUUCUGUUCCGUCUUCCUACUGGUCAACCUGAUUCCAUCUGUCCAGGCUGGCCGAGAAGCGGAGUUUGGAGUUGAAAACGUCACAAUACGUGAGGACGCAUCGGUCGGCAGCACAGUAAAGGACCUGCGAGACUUUCUUAACGUCGGCGGUGGCGUAACGGAAGACACAAAUGGAACGUCGUGGUCAGUGAACAUCACAAGGGGCAACGAUCUUAGACGGUUUGAGGUUGUUGUUGAGGAUCUGACGCUAAUCGUCGCAGCAUCGCUAGACUACGAGUAUAACCCGCGCUACAACCUGUCCCUGGAGCUGACAAAUACUGGAAAAAACAGCGUUUGGUAUGUAAACCUCGCCAUCGUCAUCAUAGACGUGUGGGGAUACCCGCCAUACUACAGCAAACAGUGUGAAACACCAGUUAUAACGGGUACUGGGAACUAUAUCGUACUGAGCAGCCCCAAUGGGCACAUUGAUGUCGUAAUUAAUGGGAUCGAACGACAGUACCGAGACGUUUUCCCCUAUUUGCGUUACGAAUCGCGCUAUGAUAUCAUGAACGAUUGCUCCCUUCGGCUGUGUUCUUCUUUGAUGCCCAAACCGUGGGAUGAUGCAAACUUACUCUUCCCGGCUCUUGAGGCGCCUCAGAAUAAAGGGAGAGUAGAGUUUCAAUGUCGCGACAGACAGUUGACAAGUGUGGGCAAGUUUUUCUUGUUGGAUGUUUCGAAACAAAUGUUGCCUGAGUGGGCACAGGAUAGUCAGUGUAGCAUGGGAGAAGGUGUUAAAUAUGUCUUAGUUGUGGAGAUAAAUAAGAUAAAAUCCACUUCGUCCUAUUGGAUACAAUGUAGCGCUAACGUCACAUUUAAAGCAGCCACAUGGCCCGUUGAUUUUAUAUUUCCGUACGACAUUACAGGAUGUCCCGAGGGCAGGUACGGUCUGUACUGUGACAAGGACUGUGUUUGUAAGAACGGUGCCCGGUGCCAUGGCUUUAACGGUGCCUGUGAGUGCCGCCCGGGUUGGAGAGGAAGGGCCUGUGAUAUUCCCUGGCCUGAAGUUGUCAUCAUAGCGUCACCUGGCGAUUCAGUCGUAAAGUACAUCGGUACUAAUCUGACAUUGACCUGCCUGGCUCCACACAUCCAAGUAUCAAGUAUGAUGUGGCUUUAUGAAGCAGAAAACUAUUACAAUGACACAAAAAUCAUUGAAGAAGGGGCGGUACAGGACAGUUCCAUCAACGUCCAGCCAGUCUCAGAAUCAGACAACGGUGGUUACACUUGCGUGGUAAAAGCUGUAAAUGGUGAAGUGAUUAAUGCAACUUUUACCCUCAACGCCACCAAAUGCCAACCCAACUAUCAUGGGGAAGAUUGCAGCCAAGUGUGUGACUGUGAGUACGGAGGGACAUGUGACAGGUGGGAGGGCUGUCUGUGUCCUCCCGGCCGUCGUGGAGACAGGUGUCAGCAUACCUGCGCACCUGGCAGCUUCGGUUUGAACUGCAGUAUGACCUGUCACUGCCAGAACAACGCCUCGUGUGAUGCAGUAAAUGGCACCUGUUUUUGUUCAGAGGGGCAGUCAGGUGAAUCUUGUGAAAUUGGGCCCAAAUUUAAAAAUAAUCAAGUCGUUGUUAUAGUUGUGGCGUCCGUUCUCCCUGCUAUAGUUAUAGCCGGCUGCAUCAUAACUGUGAUCAUGGCAAAACAGAGGAGCGGGCUACUUAAAACGAACAUAGUAGGCAUAGAAAUGGAACCUCUCUCAUCAUGGGAACUAGAAAAAGAGGACAUUUUUUUCGAACACAUGAUUGGUGAGGGAGAGUUCGGCCAUGUGGUGCGGGGAAGACUGCGCGUGCCGGAAGGCUACCAAGUUUUGGUUGCCGCCAAAAGUAUCCGGCCUGACCGCAUGACGGCGUCUGCUGUCCGCGACUUUCGCCGUGAAAUGGACAUUCUCGCCAGGAUCCACGAAGAAAAAGAGGGGCACCCGAACGUGGUGAAGUUUUACGGAGUUGUGACUAAAUCAGAGCCACAGUACAUUGUUGUAGAGUACGCGGCUAAUGAGGAACUGCGUCGGUACCUGUGGGGUUUGAGAGAAGAAUGCAAGGUCACAGGGAAUAGGAAACUGUUAGAACGUCUCGGAUUUGCUUCUGGUGUGGCUAGUGGGUUAGAAGAGCUGGCACGUCUGAAGAUCGUGCACCGAGACAUCGCGGCCCGUAAUGUCGUCAUCAGCGACAGGAAGGUGGCUAAGAUCGCGGAUUUCGGACUAUCGCGUGACGUUUACACGUCGUCGGCGUACGAACGCACCACGCAGGGCGGGGAGGAGGAGGAACUGUUGCCGCUGAAGUGGAUGGCCGUGGAGUCGUUACGUGACGGGGUGUACACGUGUGAGAGUGACGUGUGGUCGUACGGCGUGCUGCUGUGGGAGAUCGCCAGUUUUGGGGAGGAGCCGCGCUACGCUGGGGGUCCCAUGCACCCGGACAUCUGCACGAUGUUGGCGCUGCUGAAGAAAGGCGUCCGUCUGCAGAAGCCAGAGAACUGUCCGCUGCCGGUGUACCGCAUCAUCAGGUCAUGCUGGAUAGUAGACCCCUCUAAGCGGCCGACGCCUGAAGUGCUGCUGCAAAAGAUAGACCAGUUAAGACCACCGAGGCAUGCGGCCCACCUCGUUAAUCAUGGCAUGACAUGGCAGUAAAGUCUCAUGGGCUGUUUUGAAUCUAAUGCAAAUGAGGAACAGACGUUAUAGCCUUAUUUCUACAUAAAGGCCUCAACGUGGAGCAAAUUAUACAUAAACAAGCGAGAUACAGAGUAUGAUGUACAUUACUAAUGCAUGUCGCCUGGAGCACUGUUAGGCCAAGGACGUCAUGUAGGCCAAUGAACUAUCAUUAUAGUUAGACUAAGAAAGCUAACAUUCCUGCUAAUUCAGCCAGAAGUCAAAUUUACUUUUCCGCAUCAUGA